AUGGCCGCCUACACAGGCUACGCGACAGUCUGUCACCAAUUGCUGGAGGCGCGCGCUCCGCCGGACAUCACCAUGCCCAUGGGGUGGACGCCGCUGCACCUGGCCGCUCAUCACGGCUUCGGCGAGGUGAUCGAUGUGCUUCUUGCUGGAGGUGCUAGCGUGGAUGCUUCCACUGAUGACAAAUGGACUCCGCUCUUCAUGGCCGCGAAAGCAAACCAGGAGGAUGCCGCGGAUCGCUUGGUCCGGGCCGGCGCCCAGCUCUCCACAGCUACGGCCGCUGCUGCCAAGACGACGCUCGG